AUGCUAUCUUGCGGACUGUAUCGUAUUCCGCCUGAGCGCAUUAUAUCUCCAGUCACUCUCAAUCACUCAAGCUGUCCGCCUGUCAGUCAUAAGCAAGACGAACGGGGGGGCGAACCCACACCUCCCGAGAGUCAAAAACGCGACAAAGCCGGCCGGUGCUGGCGGCGAGUUAACAUCAUUAUCGGUGGGGUGUGGGUUGUGGGGUCAUGGGGGGAAAUGGGGGACACACGUCGCUCAGAUGUCGCGCACAGACGGACGUCUUUGUCCGCCGCUUUAUUUACCCCGUGCCUUUGUAAAGGAUAG